AUGAGCCCUAAAUAUCAAACAAGUCGAAAUGUGCCCCUCAAAGAGCGGCUAUCUCAGGUCACUUGGGGCUGGUACUCGAUGUCCAUGGCUACGGGUGGUAUUGCAGUUCUGCUCUAUAACACACCCCACCAAUUCACCGGUCUCGAAACGAUCGGAAAGAUUGUAUACGUCUUCAAUUUGGUUCUUUUCCUCUCAAUCUCUCUUUGCCUAAGCUUCCGUUUCCUCAUUAAAUCAUCGGCCCUGAAGGGAUCCUUCCAGCAGCCCAACGAGACCCACUUUGUAGGGACAUGCCUUCUAGCUUUUGCAACAAUCAUCAUCGGAGCUGAGAGCUACGGGACAAGUGCUUGCGGACCAUGGCUCCAGGUCGCCCUACGCAUCGUCUUUUGGAUAUAUGUCGCCAUCUCCAUCAUUGAGGCUAUCUUCCACAAUUGGUAUCUGUAUCACCACCGUAUGGCUAGCCAACAACCAUUUGCACUGGUGAGACUACUACCUUUGUUUCCAGCCAUGCUUUCCGGGACGAUUGCAUCGGUUCUCGCAUCAAAGCAGCCACAAGAGCACGCCUUGCCAAUCAUCAUUGGCGGAACAACAUUACAAGGGUUCGGGUUCCUAAUGUCCCUGUUCAUCUACGGAGAAUACUUCUACCGCUUGAACAAAAGCGGUCUUCCAAAACCUGCUGAGCGACCGGAGAUGUUCAUCGCUGUGGGCCCAUGGAGCUUCACAGCUCUUGCUCUGAUCGGCAUGGCAAAUGCGGCUGUGGAAAAGUUUCCGUCUCGAUAUAUACUAUCAUAUGCCGAUUCAUCUUCUAGUGAAACUAUCACUGUGACCACUGGCGAUAUUGCCCUGGUUAUUGCCGCCCUGGCGGGAGUAUUCCUGUGGGCGAUCGCGUUCUUCUGCCUUUGCAUUGCAAUAACGAGCGUGCUGGCUCUCUGUAAGCUUUUUGGGGGUGCUGGUGCACCUGGCAUGUCACUUCCGUAUUGGAGUAUGGUGUUCCCCAAUACAGGGUUCGUGAUUGCGACGAUAAGGAUUGGACAAGUGUUGCAGUCUGAAGCGGUGCUGUGGGUUACUUCCGCUAUGACGAUCUUGCAGGUGGCAAUAUGGCUGAUUGCAAGCGUGGCAACUAUAUGGGCUCUGUGGACACGGCGGAUGUUGUGGCCUGAAGAUGCACAGCGAGAAGGAGGGGAAAAGGAGUGUUAG